AUGAUUCAUGAUUAUGAUCGCCUAGUUGAAGUAGCAGCCCAUGUGGAGAUCAUGGUAGAGGCAGAGAAGAGAGCGGGGACUACUAGUGUUGCAGGAUCUCGACAGUUUGGAGGUUUUCAGAUGGGCCAGGGACAAAGACAGUCUUACCUGCUAGAUCAGUCAAGGCAAGCAUCUAGGGCAACACAAGGGGCCACCUCAGCACAAUCUGCACAAUGGACUUAUGCUCAAAGAGGUGACUUAGGAGAACCAAGGUCACAGGGAAGGGCGUAUGUCGUCAUCGCUUCAAAGCAGACAUCGGGACUGUCAAUUGUGAGAGCAGCCAUUAUAAAGGACAGAGAUGGUGUAAUCCAGGAUGAGUUUCCUAGGGUAGUAUGCGAGUAUCUUGAUGUCUUUUUUGAAGAUCUCACUGAAUUACCUCCACACCGGGAAGUUAAGUUCACUACAGAUCUAAUACCGGGUACAACGCCCAUUUCCUUGUCACCAUAUAGGUUUGCUUUAGCUGAAUUGGCUGUCCUGAAAGAACAAUUGCAGAAGUUGUUAAGUAAGGGCUUCAUACGCCCUAGCAACUUAACUUGGAAAGCUUCAGCUUUGCUUGCAAAGAAGAAAGAGGGGUCAUUAAGAUUGUGUAUAGAUUACUGUAAAUUGAAUCAAGUUAUAGAAGUGAAGUUUUUGGGUCACGUAGUUUUGGGAGAUGGGGUUAUGGUGGAUUCCUCAAAGGUAAAGGCGAUACGGAAUUGGGAACAACCUAAAAAUGCGACAGAGAUUUGUAGUUUCCUGGGUUUAGCUAGUUACUACCGUCGAUUUGUAAGGAAUUUCUCUUCAAUCGCUUCACCUUUGACAAGGUUAACUCGUAAAGGAGUGAAAUUUGUUUGA